ACCACUCCACUCACACCAACACACCACCCACUCAAACUAUCGCAAACAUGUCCGACGAUGAGGAGCGCGUGACCAUGCCCUUCAAGUUCGUUACAGCAGGCUUCGACGCCCGCUUCCCGAACCAGAACCAGACCAAGCACUGCUGGCAAAACUACGUCGACUACCACAAGUGCAUUCUCGCCAAGGGCGAGGACUUCAAGCCAUGCCGCCAGUUCUACCUCGCCUACCGCUCCCUUUGCCCAAUUGGCUGGUCGAACCGAUGGGAUGAGCAGAGAGAGGCCGGCACGUUCCCGUGCCGAUUGGACCAAUAGAUGUGGGAUACAUGCUGGGGGAGGAGAAGAUAUGUGAGGUGGCGCGGAGCAGGAAGCAUGAUACAAUGGCUCGGUAUGGCAGGACUCGCUCUGUCAUAGAGUCGGUGUACAUAUACGCUGAAUUGGAGUUUGUGAUACUUUGCAGCGCUCCAAAAGGGUUCUUGUUACAGGUGCCGCCGGACAACGACGCACCACUCAUGCCAUGUGUGGCGAGAGUCGAAGCAGC